AUGUGGUCAGGUGGGCCGUCGCCGUACGGCGCUGGAAUGCAGCAGACUCCCCCAGGAGGAAAUCCAGGAUACAGCAUGGGAGCUAGCGGCAACGCUGGGCAGUACGUACAGCAGAGCUACGGCCAGCAGUCCGGUUUUGGCCAGGCGCACGGAAUGUACUCGCAAGCUGGCGGCGACUACAUGCAGACGCCGACCCAGACGGGGUAUGCUCACUCAGCGAGUCCUUACCAGCAGCAGGGAAGAGAUUUCUCUCAAGGCUACAGCCAGCAGGCCGCGCCAGGGGGUUCCGGAUACGCUGCGUCGCCUGGAGGCGGGUACUACGGUGCGCAGGGCGGCAUGGACUACAAUCAACAGUACGCGGCCCCGCCGACGCCGAUUGUGUAUAGCCCGCCCAGUGCGAGUUACAGGGAUGGCAGUUCGAUGGGGAGCAACUAUUAUUCUCAGCAGGGAUCUUACCAAGGCCAGGCUGGGUACGACCAAUCGGCCGGGUAUGGAGUGGCGCCAGUCCGCCCUCCCGCCGAUCCCGAGCUUGUCAAGCGCAUCCACACCAUUGCAGAAUAUUGCUGCCGCAAUCCGGAAAUGGAAUCGCUCGUUCGGCAGCGCGACGGCGCGGAUCCGCGCUUCGCCUUCAUCAACGGUGGAGAAGGCUACGAUUACUUUCGCUUCGCCAUCGCGUGUCUCCAACAAGGCCUCGAUCCAACUGAACAGGCGGCCGCAGCCGACCAGGGUGGGAUGGGCAGCUCUCCUGCAGUGCCGUAUGGCAGCGCGCUGAACACGGGAGGAGAAGAGACAGGAGACACCAACGAGUUGACGAGGGAGUUCGAUAUCGACUCUCUCAUUAUGCAGUACCAAGAGCCGCCGGAACGUGCCGCGUUGCCUGAAGCUCUGUCGAAGGAGUUGAAUGACGUCGUGCUGUCUCUGGAGAAGCAAGCAACGUCGACGGCGAUCCGCAACGGUCGGCACUGGAUCGAAGUGAACGGCGGGGCGAGUGAAGACGCUGCAAACAGUCUCGCGUGUGCGCUGAAAAAGAAACAAACGGUCCUCUCCAGUUUCCUCCACAAGCUGAACGUUCUCUAUCUCGUCCACGACGUCGUGCAGAACGAGUCGAUCCACAAACCAGCGAGUGUUUUGCUCACCGCGUUCAAGCCCUACUUGGUUUGGAUGCUCCGCGACGCAUAUCAGGCAGCUGCGCGAGACCCGAGCUCGGCUGAGAAGGUUGAGAAGAUCUUGAGCCUUUGGGUAAAGCGCGGGAUCAUCGACGAAGACGAACAAGAAGAAAUGAACUUCCUCAUGUCUUCCCCCGACGUCGGAAAAUACCUGAACCCCAAUGGGGAUGGCGAUCCACAAGCCGCCUUCGACCUACGUGUCUCCCCCGGCGGCUUCCCAGACGCUGCCUCGCAGGGGCGACACCCGUUCAUGAAACCAAGUGUCUCGCCUGGGUAUCCGGGAGGGCCGAUGGGAGAAAACCUUUCCCCCGGUCAGAUUCCGCCGCCGCCGCCGCCUCGCCCAGGGAACCACUCGCGCAUUCACGGCGGGUUCGACAGAAGACCUGACGAAAUGGGAAACACCCCCGAGAGCGUCCCAGUCGGCAUGAUGGCAACGAUGCUACGCAGCAUGAGCAAACGAGCGAAGAACAUGCAAACUGCCUUCGUGCCUUAUCGCGCACUUGACCCGCUGACGACGCCUCAGCAGCUGCCACCUCUCGAGCCUCCGUCGGACUACAUGCUAGACAGAAUUCGCGAUUUCUACGAAGACCUGGAGGAAAUCGAGGAGAAGCUGAAUCGACAAUCAGACCGCGAACGUCGGAUGCGCGAGGUCAAACGCGGCGGGCCCGCGUUCGACAAACCUGCUUCGUGGGUUAACUCGGAAAUGGGAGUUGGAGACGACGGCUCCUUCGCGGGGCACCCUGGUUUGCGCGGAGCGCGCCUCGGCCUGGGAGCGGCGGCCGAAGUCGAGGAGAGGAUGGAGCAGCGACAGCCGCCGCCCAGCGAUGAUCCUUUUGAGAUGUUCAGGCGCCAGCGAGCGGGAAAAUAUCAUGACAUCAUUGCCAGCAACAAAGCAGCGGCGCGAAUGGAGCAACAGUCUCAGAGGUUUGCCGAUAAAAACUGCUACGUUUGUGGGAAAAUGGGCCACAUUGCGCGCGACUGUCCGGCGAAGGCGUACCGCAAAGAGUCUCCAGAUUCUCUCGAGGCUUUCUCGUGCCUGUUGUUUACUAAGUCGCCCUAG